AAUAAAGUUUUGCUUCAACUUGUAAAAUUUACGUUCCUCAUAAUUUAUGCUUAAUAAUCGUUAAGAAAAAUGAAAUUAAAGUUCUAUGUGCUGAAUCGUGAUUCAAGUUUAUUUACCUGUUUUGUCAUAAGAACAGAUCUAGGAGUCAAUACUUACUUACUUGGAUAUAAAACUUCAAAACAACUUGAAACUUCGAGGAUAUUUUGUUUAAAUCCAUACAGCUUCCAUAUGUUUUUAAAUGAAUUAAACAACUGCCCAACAUAUCAUCGUGCUGUUGCCAUCAAUAUCAAAAGGUCAAGUGAUCCAUAUGUGAUACAACUCGUACAAUGCAAAUCAGAAUUUAUUGAUAAAACUUGGGGCGAAAUUAUAAGACUUCUAAUAUGGGAGCAGCUAGAAAUUGAUCAUAUGAUGAGUUGGCUCUCAACACUUGGCGGUGCUUUCUCAGCUUUAGGUGAUUACUUCGAGACUUCUGCUGAGAUCGCUGGAAAAAUUUCAAUACAACAAAUGAGACUUGCAUUUCGAUUAGGUGAUCCUGGUCUUAGAUCCCGUUGUCUAUUAUAUUUCAGUAUAUCACUCAUUCAAAAACAUGAAUUCAAAAUUGCUCAAAAAAUUAUUAAAUCGCAAUAUGAGUUUGCUAAACAACAUGACGACGUUCGGCUCAUUAAAAUGUGCCUUGGUAUUUGGUCAAAACUUCAAUGGACUCACAAAAUUUCAAGACAAAGUAAAAAAGCUCAAGUCAUAAAGUAAAGAUUUUUAUACAAUU